UGACUGGGCCUGCUACCAAUUGCAUACGGCUUCUCUUUCGCGCAGUAGUUUCUGGGAAAUUGAGUCCGUACUCUAAAUAAUUCAAGCCCUCGUUCCCUUCUCCUGCACAGCUAACAAGAUGCCGGCCGUACAUCACAAACUGCUCCUGGAGGACGCUUUACAGGACAGUCCUCAGACUCGCUCUUUGCUCAGUGUGUUUGAGGAAGAUGUGGGAAUGCUUACAGACUACACCAACCAGCUGCUACAAUCAAUGCAGCGGGUGUUCGGAGCACAGAGUGAGAUGGGACUGGCCACAGAGCAGCUCUCAAAGCAACUUUUGGAAUACGAAAAGAAAAAUUUUGCCCUUGGAAGAGGUGAUGAGGAGGUAAUCACCACGCUGCAAAACUUCGCCAAAACUGUAGGGCAGCUGAAUGCACUCCACUCCGAGCUAGCUAACCAGAUGGCUGACAGCAUGGUCUUCCCCUUGAUCCAGUUCCGAGAGAAAGACCUCACAGAGAUAAGCACACUGAAGGAAAUAUUUGCCAUUGGAACUGAUGAGCAUGAGGCAGCUAUGGUCAAGUACAGUCGAUUGCCCAAGAAGAAGGAAAAUGAGAAGUUGAAGGCGGACUUGGUGAAGGAGGUGGCUUACACCAGAAGAAAGCAGCACCAGGCCUCACUGCAGUAUUAUUGUGCCCUCAAUGCCCUGCAGUAUCGCAAGAGAGUAGCUAUGCUUGAACCAAUGCUAGGCUACACUCAGGCACAGAUCAGCUUCUUUAAGAAAGGCUUUGAGCUGGUGUCAAAGAAGAUGGACUGUUUUCUCGCUUCUGUUUCCAACAUGACACAAAGCAUCCAGGCCCAGCUGGACUCAGAGGCGGAGGCCAUGCGAGUGUCCCACAGGGAGCUUCUGUCUGUGGAAGACACUGUCUACAUGCCAGAUAAGGACACAGAGCCUGUCAAUCGCACGCUUAUCCAGAAGGCUGGCUACCUCAACAUUCGGAAUAAAACAGGCCUAGUGACCACAGCCUGGGAUCGUCUGUAUUUCUUCACCCAGGGAGGGAAUCUCAUGUGCCAGCCGCGGGGGGCUGUAGCAGGAGGCAUGGUGCUGGACCUGGAUAACAGCUCUGUCAUGGCGGUGGAUUGUGAGGACAGACGUUACUGUUUUCAGAUAACUUCCCCUUCAGGAAAAACGUCAAUGAUUCUACAAGCCGAGAGCAAAAAAGAGUAUGAAGAAUGGAUUUGCACUGUGAACAACAUCUCCAGACAGAUCUACCUGACUGACAACCCAGAGGCUGUGGCUAUCCGACUGAACCAAACCGCCAUCCAGGCAGUGACUCCCAUCACCAGCUUUGAGAAGAGACAAGACGGCUCACCCAACCCCGACAGAGCUAAGCCAGGAGGUGUUCAUACUACCAGCAGUGGUUCUCAGAAAACAGGAGUUGCCCCAGAACCAGAGGACCUAAUAGCCCCGGGGACGCCCAUUCAGUUUGACAUCAUGCUGCCUGCGUCCGAAUUUCAGGACCAGAACAGAACUGGGGGGAGACGCACAAACCCAUUUGGAGAAACAGAAGACGACUGUUCGACAGAUACUGAUGACUCCCUGCUUCAGCAGGUAUUCGCUGUGCGCUUCCUGGGCUCCAUGGCGGUUCGCUGCGGCGACAAUCAGGAAGUGAUCUACGAGGCCAUGAGGCAAGUGCUGGCUGCCCGAGCCAUUCACAACAUCUUCAGGACCACAGAGGCCCACCUCAUGGUCACCAGCAGUAGCCUCAGGUUGAUAGACCCACAGACUCAAGUUACAAGACUAAGUUUCCAGCUUGGAGAAGUGUGUCAAUUCGCAGCCCACCAGGAGAAUGGGAGGCUGAUGGGAUUUGUGGUUGAAAGCAGAGACUGGAGCGAUGGAGACGAGGAGGGAGAACCAUCGUUUAGCGCCUUCGUCUUUGAGAGCAACACGGAGGGCGAAAAGAUAUGUUACACCAUAAACCUGGCAAAGGAGAUUACAGAAGCUAAGAAGGACCCGGAAGCCCUGGCCCAGCUAAUGAAGAACAUGCCUCUAACCAAUGAUGGCAAGUUCCUGCUGCUUGAGCCUGAGACGGGUGACACGACCGAAGGAGCAGGACAAGAAGAUCUGGAGUCUGAAGCCUAGUUCCGGUUAGAUUAUUCUCCCACCUAACCACCCCCAAAAAAGAUGAGCCAGUCAAAACCAGGGCCACAGUUCUGCUUUUGCCCCAGAGGUUUCAUUCUGAUGCCCAGCCCUAACUCUGGUACUGUGACAUCAAUAUUAGAUAGGCCACAUCCACCAACCCUCAGUAACUACAUCUCUCUCUCUCUCUCUCUCUUUUGCUGUGCUAAAAUCUUAAGAUGUUGACAUGGGUUUGACCAGACACACAUACAUACAUACAUACAUACAUACAUACAUACAUACAUACAUACAUACAUACAUACAUACAUACAUACAUACAUACAUCUAAAAAGAACUUAUUUUCGCCCGUGCUCAGACUGCAACAUCAGUCUUUGCAUGUGGAGUUUGUCUUUGCACCACUGUAGGUGGUGCGCACAUCAAAAGGGACACCACAUAGAUACUGGAUGCGUUUUCAUCGUCUCCUAAAAUCCCGAGCCAUUUAACAGAGUGGUGACUCAUUUUCUUUCAGUUUAGGUUUACAUUUAUUUUUAGGUUUACAUAGUUUGAAGUGGUUUUUUGUGUUUGGAGAAUUUAAUCCCUUUACCUUACUUUGCUUGUUAACACGUAUGUGAGGCUCUUACGCAAAUACUUUGGCAUUCAUUCCUUGAUUAUUUAUGAAAGAAAACGUUACUGCACUUUGAGGUUUGUGUUUGUGUAACACCAUCAAAUUACCACCGAAUGUACUAAUUGACAGGAUUGGAGACUUUUAUGAUAGUGUAGGAUAGUUGAAAUGACAUCAGCUCCUUUUAUCCUUAGAGCAGCCGCUCUUGCCUAGUUUAAUAUUUUUAUCCUUUUAGCCUCGUAAUGUGUGUCUCAAAGCAGGGUACACACUUGGCAAAACAUUUUCUUCUCGGCUCUCUUGCCACUGUGAAGUUAGACUUGGCACCCUGGCUAUCUUAAGCCUUCCCACUAAACUGAAUUACUUUUAUGCUCGACAUUUUCCUCGGCUACCUAUGUAAACAAGUUCUAAGAUGAUUUGUAUGUCAGCGGGAAACGGCCCAGAAACGACUUCACGCUCGUUUCCCCAAAAGCCCGUGUAAAUAUGAUCUGUCUAUGUAUGUUUAACCAGAGUCAAUAUGCUAGGAUCUAUUGCAGUGCAUGAUUAAAUAAUGGCAUUCAAUCUAGUUCCCUCUGCAGAAGAUUAAAGCUUAUACUAUGAGCACUGAGCCGUAACGCUAAAAGAGAAUCAACUCAACUGUCACAGUCCACAGUGCACUUGUGUGUGGGGGGGGAAAGCAAUUUGCUCUUCUUUACAUAUGAAUGCUAAUCAGAGCAGAACAACUAAUGGUAACGCAACCUGUGAAAUUCAUCGCCCCCUCUGGAUGCCGCCGCAGUUUUGUUCAUUUUCAGUCCGUUUGAGCUGCGACACAAAUCUUGAUGGACAGCGGCAGCCUAUGCAGUGUCAGUGUGUGACCGUGUUUAGAAAAGGCAAAGGUGAAAAGAAACUGGCUGGAAGUAGAACUUGAAAGUUGCAGCGUGGUGACCAGUGCAGUCAGUUUGUGCCAGAAUCGCCGUGCCAGAAGCAGAAACAUGUCACACAUUUUAUUUAGAACUUGGAGCUGCACUAACAAAAAUUGUUCGACUGCUCAUCACCCUACGCAUCGGAAUUACAAGUUUGAUUUGCAAAGAGAAUUUCUUUUUGUUUUCUUAGAGGAAGUUUAAAAAAAGACCAUCCUGGUUUACUUAACCGACAAGGUAGAUCUUGUUUGCAUACAAAAAUCAACACCCAUGUAGCAGAUGGUAAUUGACAGACUAAUGCUUCCUUUCAUUCAGGUCAGAAAUCUCUAAAUUGAACAUUUUAAACUCGAGCUGGCGACGUUCCACACUGAUGUCAGGCGUAAAUACUCAGCUUCUUACAGCAGGCAGCAUUUUAAUAUUUAUGUCAUGGAUACAUUCGAGAAGAGGAAGAUAUAAAAAGUCUGUUAAGAACAUUAUAUACAAACUAGUGUCCAAUCAAGUACAUGUUUAAGAUGGCUUAUGACACUUACUAACCCAGGCAACGUGUAAAUAGGACCAAAGGCAGAUUAAUAGAGCUUCCAGGAUCUAUACCCCGCCCCCGCUAUCUCAUAAUCAUGAGAUUCUCUCAUAAUUUAAACCCAUCUAAAUAAAAGUGGGCUGCACCAAACAAAAAUGAUAAUUGGGUUAAAUAUACCAACCAAAUGAAGAAGUGCAUGUUUGGAUUCACUGGGAGAGAGCUAAUUGAUUAGUUGGUGUGGAUGUUUAUGGCAUGUAUUGAUUCAGACAGUAAACGGGUAAUGAGGAUUACAGAUCACCUGUCAGAAAUGUGCAGUAGUCAGAAGCACAUUCAAGCUCACCAGAGCAUUAGAAGAGCGAGUCUCGCACUUCCAAGGGAACAACUGCUAUCUGGGCAAUUUGUCAGAAUAGCUUUUUUUUUUUUCCUUUUUCUUUUAAUGGCUGAGUUCCCAGAGUUGACUCAUGAACUCGUGGUGCCGCUUGUAGCCAGAAGAAUACACACGUAAACACCGACUCUGUUCCAGGAAACCAAGCACAUUUCCCUAAACGUCGACUAACUUUGUGGCCUGAUUGGAAACUCCAAACUGGCAGGCUGUUUGAUGCGGCAUAGAUAAAGCAGUUUAUCCAAUAUCCUCCUUUCUCAGGGGACGGCAGAGGCACUUUAAUUACACCUUUACUAAAAUUGUGCUUAGUGCAGUGGCCAACAGUGAGUAGUUUGGGGUUUGAUGAUUCACAUAUAAGCGGGUGCCUGUGCUUUUGCUGAGCAGUGGCUUAAUUGGUGAGAUUUGCUCUAAAUGCUUCUACCCAGUCACAAAAAGAAAUCUUAGUGUGUAGAGGCUGAUGCAGCCCAUUAUGCUCAUUACAGCUGUGCUGCAUAGUCUUGACAUAUUCUCUUGUAAGUAAUGCACAGUCAGUAAAAAUGUGGGUUAUGAAGUUGUAGAAAAUAAAUUUCUGUAAUAUAGCAAGGAUGGCAUUUUCUCCCUUUUUCCUGUCUUUUUGUAAAAGGCUGAAGUUGCCACUACCCGUACAGCUUUGCACUUAAUUUGUCCUAAUUUUCUAGAACUGUGUAAACAUGCAUCCUUUAAUAAACAUGAGUCAUUUUUCUUA